CAGGUACGUCCGAGUGAGGUUGCGCAGAUCAGUCCGCCUACUUACUACGCCCACGGGACGCCCGCCCUCCCGUCCGCCCGCCCGCACUCACGCCCAGUGUCCCAAGUCGGCGAGUGAGAGUGGCCCCCGUGGGCGGCGACGGGGGCAGGAUCGAGGGGAUUGGUGGGCGCCGUUGCUGACCCCACGUGACCCGGCACAGGACGACGCGGGCACGGGCGGCCCAGAAAAAGGGCAACCUCGCCUCUCCGGGCACCACUCUCGCCUGAGUCACGAUGGCCAGCACGUCGAGCACUUCCUCCCCAAUGGACGUCGACUUCCCUUCCGUCGCGGAGAUGUCCGGGAUCCCUGAGGACGCGUUGGAGAUGUCGCUGGACUUCCGGCGCGCGCUCACCUCGACGCCUCUUGUCCCCGCGACGCCCCUCUGCGCCCUCACCCUGCAGGAGGCGGGGCUCACCUCGUCCACCUUGGAGUGCAUGUCGAUCUCGUUUUCCGAGGAUUCUGUCAUGUCCGAAGAAGCGGCGUCCCCUCCUGCAGGGCCUUCCCGCGGAACCCCGUGCCCGCCCCGGGUUGACAACGAGGCUACCAUUCCAUUCUGUGACGGCACACCUGUGGGGAGAGGAGGGCGGUGCCAGAUUCCGUGCCUUGAGGAUGGGAACCCCGGUAAGCCCCGACGGCGAGGGCGCCUCAUCCACUUCGUCCAUCAUCCCUUCGUCAUGAGGAAGCUCUUCGGGACCAGCAUGGCGGACAGGUCUGCCGGCGACGUGUAGCUAGCGGCGGCCGCAGGAGGAGCCCAGUGGGUGUCGGUGCGGCGCCGCCGGUUAAUUUCGUUUUGUAAAGAUGGCUGUACCAUGCAAUAAAGAACUUUUCUAGUGACAUUUGUUAUUCUCUUGUUCCCAUAAACGUCGAUAUUACUCCUACGUCAAACCCAGCACGUCGUUAUUACAAAAUUGUCGUGAUAGCAAAAGUGAUUGUUUACAGUAUAUGAAAUGA